GCGCCGCGCCCAGUGCAGUGUGUGCGUGCAGUGCGAGUGUCUGUGUGUGUGCGUGUGUGCGAGUGUCGCCAGCAUGGCGGGGGCCAAGCGAUUGUGUUGCUCUCGCGUUGGCCACCCCGCCUUCCUGGACGCGGGUCCCCCGGGUGGUCCUGGCGGGGGUGGCGCCGGGCCGAGCGGGCGGUACCGCUGCUGCGAGCGCAGCCCUGACACGCUGCUCGACAUCACGGCCAAGAUCGUGGCCGAGAACAUCCCCUUCCAGCGGAUCGAGGAGCGGUACGCCCGCAUCCCCGAGCCCGUGCAGCGCCGCGUCAUCUUCUGGUCGUUCCCCCGCGACGAGCGCGACAUCUGCAUGUACUCGUCGCUGUCCCGGGUGCCCGCCGUCAGCGCCAGCGCCGACCCCAACCUGUCGUUCUAUAAAGGAUUAAAACUGCUCGAGUCGGGAUGCGUGGAUCACGUGCUGCAAGUUGGCUUCCACCUCAGCGGCAUCGUGUCCACGAGGUCGCCCUCCUCGUCAGCCGCCAGCUACAACCCGGAGCCGGACACCAAGUACAAAGUCUCGGUCAGCUUCGACAGGUGCAAGAUCACGAGCGUGACGUGCUCCUGCGAGACGAGGGACAUCUUCUGGUGCCAGCACGUGGUGGCGCUGUCGCUGUACCGCAUCCGCAACGCCGACAACGUGCGCCUGCGCGUGCCCAUCUCAGAGACCCUGCUGCAGAUGGACCGACAGCAGCUGCAGAAGUUCUGCCAGUACCUGAUAGCCGAGCACCACACCGAGGUGCUGCCCACCGCGCAGAAGCUGGCCGACGAGAUCCUGCAGCAGCGCUCGGAGAUCAACCAAAUACCCGGUGCCCCCGACCCCACGGCGGGUGCGAGCGCGGAUGACGACCACACGUGGCACCUGGACGAGGAGCAGGUCUGCGAACAGGUGCGGUCGUACCUCAACCAGGGCUCGUACUACAACGCCAACAAGCAGCUCAACAGCCUCUUCGCCAAGGUGCGCGAGAUGCUCCGUGCGCGGGACUCGAACGGCGCCAGGAUGCUGACGCUCAUCACGGAGCAGUUCCUGUCCGACCCGCGGCUCAUCCUGUGGAAGUCGCAGGGCACGCCGAUGACGGACAAGUGCCGCCAGCUCUGGGACCAGCUCGGCGCCUUGUGGGUCUGCAUCGUGCUCAACCCCCACUGCACGCUGCUGGAGAAGCAGAACUGGAAGCGGCUGUUGGAGAAGUGGGCCGCCAUGGACAUCUGCCCACUGGAGGACCCCGACUACCGGCCGCAGCCCGCCGCCAACACGCGUCACGAAGCGUACCACCACCAAGCCGCGUUCGACUCCUCGGACAGCAGCUCGGACGACGAGGCGGCGGAGGCGGCGGCCCCGGAGGCGGGCGUCGCGCUGGCGCACAGCCGGCCCGCCCCCGUCGUACCCAGGACCGUCUUCCAUCGCGCGCUGGACGCCGUGGAACUGAGCUGGGACAACGGCCACCUCAAGAACAUUCUGGCCAGCGACACGUACUGCUCGCACAUCACGGACAGUGCGCUCACGUCGGGGAGCUUCAACCCGCAGGGGCAGCCUCUGUGGCAUGAGCCCCUGGCCACGUGCGCCGCCCGCGUGGACGCGCUGCGGUCGCACGGCCACCAAGCCGCGGCGCUGCGCCUCGCCGUGGCCGUGGUGCGCACCAUGAAGCAGACGCAGCUCAUCGCGCAGCGCCGGUGGAUCGAAAGCCAGCAGCACCUACAGUAUCGGUCCGGGACCAACUGUAAAAGCGGCAGCAGCAGCAGCAGCAACAAUGUUACCUCCAACUCCUCCUCAAACAACAGCAGCAGCUCUACGAACAGCAGCAACAGCACUAGUAGUAGCAGCAGCAGCAUGUCGUGCACGGCGCCCAUCACCAGCACGGCCUCCACCACCACCCCAGGCAGCAGCAACAGCGGCACGUGCAGCGGCCGCGGCAGCAGCUCGUCGUGCCCCUUGGCGCCCACCUCAAUACUACCGUGCUCGUCGCGCACGGCGCCGCACCACGGCGGCUACAGCCUCAGCAGCAGCCUCAGCAGCAUGGGAAGCAUGGGCAGCAACCUGGGGCUGCACGGCAGCGCCAGCAACGGCGUGGGGCGCAGCGGCAGCGGGGACAGCCACCUGGGGGCGUCGACGUCGUCGGCCGGGCCGUCCUCGUCCAGCUGCUGCGGCGCGUCCCCCGCCGUGUACAACACGGAGGGCUGGGUGGGCCACCCGCUGGACCCGAUCGGCUGCCUCUUCGACACGCUGGCCGAGGCCUCCCUGGUGCCCGACGACCACAUGCCCCGCCUGCCCACCUACUUCGACUCCGUCGGCGUGGAGGAGCCCACGAGCAGCGUGCCGCCGCGGUACCACCACGUGCCCGUGGUGGGCUCCAGGGACCGCUCCGAGACGUACCUCACGCUGGCCGUGGACGUGGCUCUCAUCGGCCUGGGGCAGCAGCGCAUCAUGCCGGCGGGGCUGUACGCGCAGGAGAAGGCUUGCAAGCAGGAGGACCGCCUGAUCGCCAAGCUGCAGGAGAUGGAGCUGGACUCGGCCCUGGUGGGCGUGCUGCGGCGGCAGGCCAUCGUGCUGCUGGAGGGCGGGCCCACCUCGGGGCUCGGCAUCGGCAUCCACCCGGAGAGCAUCCCCAUGCACACGUUCGCGCGCUUCAUGUUCUUCGCGCUGCUCAACUACUACCCCGACCUGGCGUACGAGGUGGGGCUUCGCGCCAUGCGCCUUCCCGUCCUGGAGGAGCACGACGACCACGAGGAGGGCGGCGGCAGCAGCAACGUGGUGCCGCCCGCCUUCAACCGCUACCCCCGGUGGUUCACGUUGGGCCACAUCGAGACGCAGCAGUGCGCGCUGGCGUCCACCAUGCUGAGCGCGGCCAAAGACUGCUUGGUCUGUUUGACAGGGGAGGUGGUGCGGCUGCGCACCGUGCUCGAAUCGGCUCAGCGACACAUCCACUCGUCGUCGCACCUCUUCAAGCUGGCGCAGGACGCGUUCCGCUACGCCACCCCCGACAACGGGCCGCGCCACCCCGCGCUGCUGAGCGUGGCCUUCGAGCUGGGCCUGCAGGUGAUGCGCAUGACGCUCACCACGCCCAACUGGCGGCGGCGCGACAUGGUGCGCUGGUUGGUGACGUGCGCCACCGAGGUGGGCUUCGAGGCCCUCGUGUCCAUCAUGCAGAACUGGUACCAGCUGUUCACGCCCACCGAAGCCACAGGUUCUGUCGCUACGACUAUCAUGUCUCACAACACGAUUAUGAGACUGAACCUGUCGUUCCCUCAGCAAGAAGAACUGUCAGGAUGCGCUCGGACGUUGGCUUUACAGUGUGCCACUAAGGACCCACCAAACUGUGCUCUUAAUGCUCUGACGCUUUGUGAGAAUGAAGCCAUGGCUUUUGAAACUGCCUAUCAAAUUGUGAUAGAGGCAGCAGCAAAUAUCAUGACCUCAUCACAAUUAUUCACAAUAGCGAGAUAUAUGGAACAUCGAGGGUAUCCAACAAGAGCUUACAAACUUGCCAUGUUAGCUAUGCAAAAUGUACACCUUGCUUAUAAUCAGGACUCUCAUCCUGCUAUCAAUGACAUUCACUGGGCCUGUGCUCUCAGCCAUUCGUUGGGGAAGACUGAGCUGUCAACGAUGAUUCCAUUACUGGUGAAAAAUGUACAGUGUGCCACAGUACUCUCUGAUAUUUUAAGGCGAUGCUCUAUGACUGCGCCGGGCGGCUCCUGCCAGCAUCCUCCUGAUGGCAAACAUCAUCAUCACCACCACCACCACCACCGCAGUAGUAGUGGCCGCAGUGGGUGCGGGGGUGGGGUCAAGCCUUUGUCAUACGACAAGACACCGCUCCGACAAUUAUUAGAAGCCGCUGUUGCUGCGUAUGUCAACACUACACAUUCCCGCCUAACUCACAUCUCUCCAAGACACUAUGGUGACUUUAUUGACUUCCUUGGCAAGGCACGAGAUACCUUUGUUCUAGCCCAUGAUGGACAUGCUCAAUUUGCCCAGCUUGUUGAGAAUAUGAAAGUAGCUUACAAAGGUAAGAAGAAGCUGAUGUUCCUUGUCAAAGAGAGGUUUGGGUGACUACUUUAUCGCCUUGCUUCAGUGGCUCGCUCCUUUAAUCCACACAUUUUUCCUGUUUUCUGUUUGUGAUUCAAUGUUGCUGUAACUUCCAUGUUUAUCAGAAUACCAUAUCAUUUUAAACCUUAUUUAUUCCAAAUUUAUUUUAAAGCUAUGUAUCAUAUAUUGACCCUACCGAUAUUGGAUUAAAUAUUUACAGAAUGUGUAAAUAACAAGAGUGUACAUAAGAGGCAUUAUACUUUUAAUGUACAUAUGUAUAUUUUAUGUGUAUUUGUUAUAUGAGGUAUUAGGCGCUGUUGUUCUGAUAGUGCAUCCUUGUACUCUCCUUCACCAAACUGUCUUUGCCCAUUAUGGGCAUACAGAGUUCCUCUAUUGUAUAUAUGUGAUUGUGAUUGCUAUGAAAAAAUUAACAAUUUGAUUCAGAUUGUUAUGAGAGCAGCAGAGAAGCUGUCUGGACAGCAGCUGUUACAUUUGCGUCAAAGGUAUGCGAUAGUGCAUGUGAGUGAAACUUUGUCAAUGAAUGUGAAAAGGAUCUCAUGUAUAUGCUAAGGAAAAAUGAGCCACGUAUUUCCCUUAGGAACGCAGUGGGAUAUGUGUUCAAAUAGUGACUGAAUCAUAUGGUGAUACUUUGAUUUUACAUGCUUUUUGUUUGUAUAGUAUAACCAUCAUAUAAUUUGUUGUGUUUGUAUUUGUUUGUGUGUUUCAACCAAAGAUUGUUGUUUUGUAAAAUACUAUUGCUAAUAAGGAAAGAUAUGAGACUCUUUUAUACGGGGACUUAUUUGUAUCGUUAAAAUUGCUUAAAUAAGUCAUCCUCCUUAGUGUACAAAGCAAAAGAAACCUCAUUGUCUGAGGUUUGUUUUUCUUUUGCAAGAUAAUUGUUUACUGAUGGAAAUAAGUAUUUAAGUUAAGAACUUGUUCUCAGCUGUGAAUCGUGGAAGCUACAUUUUAAUAGGUAAUGUACAUACAUGUAUGCUAGUGUAUGUAUUGCUGUACUUGUCAGUAAGUACAACUAGAUCUAGCCUUGAAGGAAAGCAGGUGGCAAUAGAUUCAUGAGUAUAUUCUUUUGUUGGCAAUGAUGUGAACUCAGAACUCAAUACCACAUUUAUGAUUGGAGAAUAAGACCCCCAAAUCAUCAUCAUUGUUUUCAGUGAUUCACAUCUGAGUCAUUUGUUAGGUCUGUUACUUCCAAUUAAAAUGUUCAUUUUCCUUCUUUUUCUCCAAAAUGCUUUCGUCCUUGUUUUUUCCUCCCUGGUUAAUAUUUUAGCCCAUAAUCCACAAGAUAACAAUGUCAUAUAGGAACUUAAGUGGUCUCUCACGCAGUCCCCAUUCAUCAAAGUCAUACAUGCACAUGAUUUUCUCAUGUUUUGUUUUUGUUCAUUUCUAAAUAUUGUUGAUUUAUUUUUUGAGGGAAAAGUUGUGGUUUUGUAGUCAAGUAUUGCUCAGUGUUAAAUUUAGUAGUUUCAGUGUGCCACAGGUACAUACUGAGCUUUCCAAGUACUUACAUUGCUUCAUGUGAUGUUUCCUGUUUUAUGUUUUGUUUAUAGUUGUUGUGACCUUCCCGUUCCAUUUUCUUUGUAUCAUUGUGUUAAUACAUGCAAUGUAAGUAUAGUUAUGCCUCUUUUUGUAUUCAUUUUCUUUAUAUUCGUUAUGAUUUAUGUUAGCCCUAAAUAGUUUUCUUCGUACUGUUUUUCCCCUUCUUUUUGUUCUUUAAUUUUAAUGUUUACUCUUUGAAUUUAUUUGUGCUUCAAAAUGAAAUCCCUCCUUUAUAAGCCUGUAAUGUGAAAGAGGGAAUGUAUUUUCCCUCCAAGCUGUGUUUGUACACUCAUAUAUUACUUCAAAGAAAAUGUAUUUAUGCUCUUACUCAAUCAUACCAGCUAGUCGUGGUAUGUCAACAUUACUCAGGUAUUAUUUAAUUUUAUAAUGUAGCAUCUUGCCAGACUAAAUAACCAAAGUCAGAAUCCCAGCUUGUCUCCAAAAAAAGAAAAUCGUUACACAAAGGUUUUUUUUUUUUUAUUAAAAAAAAA